AUGGACAGGCACAUUGAGAUGUCCUACUGCCGGUUCGAGGCCUUCAAGAUGUUCGCUAAGAGCUAUCUAGACAUCACUGAGCAUUCACUAUUCGGUGAAAUCGGGAAACUGCUCGAUGAGAUCGACACAACUCCGGCAGACGUGGCUGAUAACCUCAUGCCGCGGGGCAAGAGGAACGGUGAAAUCGAUCGAUUGCUCGAUGAGAUGAAUGGGGCACCGGCAGACGUGGCCGGUAAGCUCAUGCUGCGGGUCAAGAGGAGGAGAGAAGCAGAUGACUGCUUGGCAGGUUUAGUGGAAACACUGAAGAAGGCUAAGAUGAAAUCUGCAGCACCUCCUAUGGAUUCAAUGGAAGAGGCGAAAGAGGAAUAA